AUGCCAAUCCUUGUCGGACAAGCGCAAGUACUCAAUCCGGAAACGCAAACACUGGAGUCUGUUCAAGUUGUGCUCGAUUCAGGAGCAGACCGCUCGUUCAUAAGUGAUAACCUUGCAGACCGACUCCACCUACCAGAGCUCGACAGAACAGUCCUGAAAAUCUGCACUUUUGGCUCAAAAACGCCCAUUACGAAAACGUGCGGCAUUUCUAAGGUGCAAAUUUGGGACCGACAAGGAGUACCGCAUAGCUACCUGGUCGGUUCUCACGAACCGAUCGGCGACACCAGACGACAAAAUCAGUUCGCAGGAUCAUCAGAUGAUCACAGCCUUGGAACAAGAACUUUCUCACGAGGACUUUUCUUGCAACGACGCCUCACUAGUAAACUCGUCCUCUGA